AUGGCAAAUAAAAUACUAGAUCCAAUCUUUAAAUUAUACGAUCCGAUUCGUUACUCAUUUAAUAAGAAAAAAGCGGAUUAUAUUAUCAUCUCACCGUCUGUUGGUUCUAAAUCCCAGUUGAACAAUGGUGCUUCCCCAACUGUAAUAACUUUCAAUGGUAAAAAAAUCAGCAUAACUAAAAGUAAAAAACUUAUUGAUAAAUACAAAUAUUGUAAAGUCAGAGAUGAUAUAGACUUAGAAAGAAUUAACGCCAACGCAAAGGAAGGUGGAUUUUUACCUUUCCUACUAUCUUUGAUAUUUGGUGGUCUUACCGCGGCGUUUGCAAUAGCUGGUGGUACAGCUACUGUAGUAAGCGCUGUCAACGAUGAUAAAGCAGCUAAAGUAAAAGCUGCCGAAGAACAUAGACACAAUUUAGAAAUGGAAAAGUAA